CCGCAAGCAUAGUGAGACUACACGAUUGUUCUCACUUCACCAUUACCGUUUUCACCGGCGCUUCAACGUUGGUGCAUGCCGAAUAGCGACUGCGCACUGGACGAGCUUCACCAUCACCGUCCUCAGUCUCGCAGGCUGUACCGUUAUUAACUAUGCUGCCCCGAUAACGCUACCGAGAACUCGCUGUCACUUUCACUCGAUCCUCACAAUACCCCUCACGCGAAAAAGUGGCGCCUAGGCUGCAGCAAACGGCACCAUGGCAGAGCGUUCACGCCGAUCACUCGGCAAUCCCUUGCCCUCAACACCACAGCGCCGCGGCGGCCACCUUCAGGACCUUCUCAUGCGUUUCGGUUCCCAGAAUUCAGCCGAGUCUGCAACGAAGUCCCGAAGAGUCUCUGCUCUGGCCACGCCAAAGCAAGAAGCGCCAGUUGCUCUGAGCAACGUCGACGGCAAACGAGUACUGCGACAGCAACCGACGCCAAACUACGCGCCUGCGAGCCCCUUCACUGACUCGCCCAAGCUCCCCAAAGAGUCCGUCGACAAGAAGGCCCCUUCGCGCAGAAGUGCACUCAAGAUCGCCAGUCCACCCAGCACCGAGACCAUCUCCCCCGACUCUCACAACAGCGAGGACGAGCUUGCACCACGUUCCAUCCGCGCACGCGGCUACAAGAAGCACCUACGAAGCAACGAGCGAUACAGUGACCUUAAAAUGGAGACGAGAAGGACGCCGAGGGGUAAUGACGGGUCACCCCGGCGGAGUGGACGUCAUACACGCGUCUUAGAGUCCGACACAAUCGAGGUGCGGAAGGAAGCAACCCCGACCAAGCGAAAGCCAGUCCGGACGCCAAAAAUCGAUACAGCACGGGCUCGCCUCCGAGAUGAGAUCGCGCGAGUCUCCAAGGCCAAAGCUAACAACUUCCUUGUUGCGAAUAAGGAUUAUUUCCUCCCACUUCUGCCAUCAAGCAAUCAAGUAUCUAAGCUUGUCGCAAACCACAAGACCGCGCCCAUUGUUGAGUACGAAGAGCUUCGAGAGCAGCCAAAGGGUGUUACUGCGACGAUGAAACCCUACCAGCUCUCUGGUCUUUCGUUCUUGGUACAUUUAUACAACAACGGCUUUUCAGGUAUCUUGGGUGACGAAAUGGGCCUGGGCAAGACGCUACAGACAUUGUCUUUAUUCCAAUAUCUAGAAGAACUGGAUCGAAAGAGCGGCACCAACUCAGAAGAGCUUCGCCCGUACCUCGUCAUCUGUCCGCUCAGUGUUGUGAACUCCUGGGUCACAGAGGCGCAGAAGUGGGUUCCAGAGCUGAAGGUUCUUCGCAUCCACGGCACCAAGAACGAGCGUGAUCGUCUCAAGAGGGUCGCACUCGGCAUGGAAGACAUGCAGGGCAAUGAGACAGAGCAACUCAAAGAUCGCAAGGCCUCCCGCAAGGCCGGUGUCAAAGUCUCAACAUAUGAAGAUUCAGAGUCUUCAUACAAGAUCAUCGUCACAACAUAUGACACGUUUCAAGCAGACACAGCCUGGUUCAAGCACUCGUUCCUCUGGCGGUACGUCAUCCUUGAUGAAGGACAUAAGAUCAAGAGCAGUGUGACGAGCAUCUCUAUGGCACUCAAGAACAUCAGCUCAGAGUAUCGCAUGAUCCUCACAGGCACGCCUGUUCAGAACAAUCUGGUCGAAAUGUGGGCUCUCUUGGCCUGGCUGUAUCCCGAAGUGUUCGUCGAGAACACCCAACAACUCUUCAAAGAUUCCUUUGACUUGACCCGAGGCAAAGUCAACAAGCAAACUAUGGACGAUGCUCGACGACUACUUGAACUGAUCAUGCUGCGUCGCAUGAAGGACAGUCCAAACGUCAACCUCGGUUUGCCGCCAAAGGAAGAGAUCCUCCUUUACGUUCCCUUGACGCCUAUGCAGAGGUUCUGGUAUACUCGCCUUUUGACCCGCGUUGACGAAGGCAUGCUCGAAGAUCUGUUUGCCAACGGAAAGGAGAAGGAAAAGGCUGCCAUCGAUCAAGAUAAGAAGGAAGAUGCCUUGCUGAACACCGUGCAGCAACUUGAGCAACAUCCUGGCUCUAUCGCCAGUCAGGAUGGAUGGGAGGAAACAGCGCAGAUCAUGCGUGAGGCUUUCGAGAAAGAACAGGAGCACAGCGCGGUGACCAAUAAGUGGGCAUGGCAAAAGCUGAUGAACUUGGUCAUGCAAUUACGCAAGUGCUGUUCGCAUCCCUACCUUCUUCCUGAUGUAGCUCCAAACCCAUAUUACCUGGGCGAGCAUGUCAUUCGCGCAUCGGGGAAAUUUAUCCUACUUGAAAAGUUGCUCAAGCACACCAUUUUCGAGCAAGGCAAGAAGGUCCUCAUCUUCUCGGGCUUCACUCACACCCUUGAUUGCUGCGAAGACGUUCUCUCUCUCAUCAGCAACCAUGGACAGAAGUUCAGGCAUCUUCGUCUUGAUGGCGGUACUGGUCGAGCUCGCCGCAACCUCGAUAUCCGGCUGUUCAAUCAAGAAGGAUCCGACUAUAAGGUCAUGCUUUUGUCUACCCGUGCAGGUGGUUUGGGCAUAAAUCUCACCAGUGCUCAAGACGUCAUCUUCCUCGACGAAGAUUGGAAUCCUCAGAUUACAUUACAGGCAGAAGCGAGAGCUCAUCGCAUUGGUCAGACCAAGCCUGUGACAAUCUACAAGCUUUGCACACAGGGUACUGUUGAAGAACAGAUGAUGGGUCGCAUCCGGAAGAAGCUCUAUCUCUCAGCAAAGAUCACCGAAUCCAUGCACAACAUUCACGAUGAUCAAACACCAUCCAAAGCCAGGACCUCAGUCACAGACGAUAUGCCGCAGAUGGAUUCGACGCAGCUGAAGACUCUCAUCCGCCGAGGAGCUCAAACUCUAUCGCAUCCAGAGAUUGACGUCACUGAGAUGCUCUCGUGGGAUCUCUCGACCAUGUUAGAGAAGUGCCGGGACAAGCGUGCUGAUACGAUCACUGCAUCUGGAGCACAAGACUCUGAAGUUGACGAGGAAAAGUGGCUUUCGGUGAUGGAGCGUGUUGAAUGCGCAGUAUUUGACGGCAAGCGGUUUCAGCGGAAGAACGACAAAGGCAAAGCAACUGCCGCCAAUAUCCUUCCUGCUGAGGUCACACGCGAGGAUCGUCGUCGCGGUAAGAACACGACAGUCAUGGUCGACGGCUUUGCCAUCAGCAAAGAAUCCAUGAACUGCGGUGAUUGGGAAGCUGUCCCAACAUUCGCAGGUAAAGAUCCACGGCUUGCCGAUCCGGUCCGGGAGAAGAAGCGUGAGGUUGCGCACGAAGGCCAUUGCCUUGCCUGCUUCAACGGUGAUGAGACAGGGCACAUGGUCGAGUGCAAAUCUUGCCCUCGUGCUUACCAUUAUGACUGCUUGGCUACUGAAUACCAGUCAAAAGUCAAGGGAUUCAGCGGUUUCUAUUGCUCACAACACACCUGCGCCGACUGCGGAAAGAACACAACAGAUGCUGGAGGCUUGAUUUUCAGAUGCAGAUGGUGUCCACAGGGCUUCUGCGAAGAUUGUCUGGAUUGGGACAAGGCCGUGCUCAUCGGUGAAAACCUGCCUGAGUUCGAAAUCGUUGGCGAACCCUCCCCGAGUGGCGGCUUCUAUGUUGAAUGCCCUGAAUGUGUCGAGGCCUGUGAAAACAGCAAGGUACAGCGGGAGUGGACGGACAACACGCAGCGAGAGUACCAGGAGCAACACGAUGCGUGGCUGAAAGAGCGCAAGGAGGCCGAAGAGCAACUCGAGCAGCAGGCUGCUGCUACGAUUAACAACAACAGCACCCUCCAGAACAACAAGCAGCUCCCAGUCAUUGAGCCGCCCCAGCGUCGCGAAGAACACACCAUUGUUAUCGACGAUGACUCUGACGUUGCUUCUCCACCUGCGCUCACCGAGACCUCGCUCACAGUAGUCGGUGACUCUCGCGUUAGCACACCCAAAUUCUUGGAACCCCAGCAGCAGAAGCAGAAGACAGCGAAGCGAAACGCCUCGGGCGAUGGCUUUGGCGAAACCCCGAAGCAAAAGAGAGCCCGCCUUGAGGCGCAGGCAUGGCUGAUUGAUGACGAUCCACUGAUGAACAGUAUGGGCAGCACCUUGUAGGCAUAGUUGCCUACUCUUUGAUCGAAGAAAGUCUUGGUCAACUGGCGUUUUGUUUUGGUGUUGGGCACACGGAUGGAUAUACCCUCAUGCGACUUGUCGUUGGCAUGAACACGGCGUCGCAGCUACGGAUUUUGAGAUGAGCGUUUUGCACGCCUCUACUUUUCGGAGGUUGUGCGAGCUUAGCGUAGUAAAGCAAUGAAUCGUGUCUACUCGGCUUUGCAUUUUGAAUGUUCCCUGGGGAUGAUCUGCCUUGAAGUGACUGCGCCUUCCCGAGCGAGGCUGAGGCAGAUGAGGCGGGCUGGCCUUGGCGUCAUCCUUGUACCUGCCUCGCCUAACCCGAC